UAUAAAAACGUAAAUGGAUAUAACAAGUUUCCCAAUAUUCCUCUGUUUGUCUUCUCUGAUCUCACACAAUUUUUCUCUCUUCUCCACUGUUCUUCACUCUUCUCUCAUCUCUGAAUCGUUGCCAUGGCUAAGAGCUCGUUCAAAAUGGAACACCCUCUCGAGAGGAGACAGGCUGAAGCAGCUCGCAUAAGAGAGAAGUAUCCUGACAGAAUUCCUGUAAUUGUUGAAAGGGCAGAGAAGAGUGAUGUUCCUGAAAUUGAUAAGAAAAAGUAUCUUGUUCCUGCUGAUUUAACUGUUGGGCAGUUUGUGUAUGUGGUGAGGAAGAGAAUCAAGCUGAGCCCCGAGAAGGCAAUCUUCAUUUUUGUGAAGAACAUCUUACCACCAACUGCGGCAAUGAUGUCUGCAAUAUACGAGGAAAACAAAGACGAAGAUGGAUUCCUAUAUAUGACUUACAGUGGAGAGAACACAUUUGGACUUGUGUUCUGAAGUAAUCCUUGACUGGCAACCAUACCUGAAUAGAAAAUCCUAAAAUGACCAAUGUGAAGAAAAUGCUUAAUUGUAAAUUCUCUUGUUUGAUGCUUUUAUUGUAAAGUGUACUUUUAUGUCUACUGGAAGUUAUUUGAAAAUUGUCGUCUUUGUUGUAUCACUUCUAAGUUGUUAAUGUCUAAGGGUAUGCUUGUUAUGUGUUCACACUAAUGUAUUUCUGAUUGGCGUAAUACAAUUAUAUUUUACA